CUCACUUACACUGCCGCCCACGUUUUCCCUCCCAACUGCCAACACAAAGCAGAGGAUGAUCGCAUCAGCAGCGGCGCGAGUGGGCGCUAAGUCGCGAACGUCUUUGGCGAGGUGCUGUCGGGCGGUCCAUGUCGAAGCGCACCUUGAGAGCAAAGGCAUCAAACUUCCAAAGGCUAUUGUACCACCUCAAGGGAGCUACGUUGUGGCCUACCAGACCGGCAAGACGUUGUACAUUUCGGGGCACAUCCCAAUGACUCCAGAAGGGGUGCUGUUAACGGGAACGGUGGGUGACAACAUCACUGAGGAGGAGGGCGUGGCGGCUGCCCACUUGGUUGCUCUAAACAUGCUCGCCACAUUGAAAUAUCAACUGGGUGAUCUCGAUCGAGUGGCACGUAUCGUGAAGCUGAACGGCUACGUGCAGUGCGUCGACGGCUACACGGGGCAGCCGACGAUCCUCAACGGGGCGAGCGACCUCUUGGCCGAGGCGUUCGGGGAGAAGGGGAUUCAUGCAAGAUCAGCGGUGGGCAUGAGCUCGAUGCCACUCGACAUACCGGUAGAACUCGAGGCUAUAGUAGAAGUCGAGUAGUAGUCAAAAUUGUUGUGUAUUUUGGACCGUGUAAGGGAGAAAAGGAUGAUGAUACCUCAAGGGUAAAGUGGAAAGCAACAAAGAACACAAGAGUUGUUACCUGGAGAAGGUACAAUAGAGCUAGCUGCCAUGGUCGACAAACAACAUGAUUUUUGUCCUAGAAGUGUUGCUAUGGUAUAGCGGCACGUGGCUCUUGGUCCUCCUUGUUUGUGGUAGUAUUUCGUAGUUUGCGAGAAAGGGUUUAGGAACGCUGUUGUCACGCCGUGCUACCAAGCGAGGAGAGAGGUGCUUUCUGGAGCGACGGAGUCAACAGCCUUAUUUUCGGACCGCAUGGCUCUUUCCUCUUUCAUUGUUGGACCGGUUGUCUUUGAAGAUGGCUAUUUCCCGACAUGGGGUGUUCAUUUGUGUAGUGUAUAUGUAGUAGUCUUGAAGGAGAAAAAGCGAGGUCCUGGUUGGUUGCAGCUGGUAGUUGGCAUGUUCACUCGGAUCUUCUCAUCUCUCUGAAGAGGGUGCUGGUAGAUAGGUCAUGGUGCUGCAAGACGGCGCUACUCUGUUGCACAUUGCGCUAGGAGUGCUCGAUCGAAUAACCAACGCAAGGCAUCAGUCUCCGCCUUGUACAGAUUUCGUCGGUGGUUGAAUCAUCUGCCGUCGGCAAUGGUUGGUAUUUGUUCAGGUAUGCACUCCUCCCCAAAU